AUGAAAUUUCGAUUCAAGGAAGAAACUCCUGCCGAACAACGAAAACAAGAAGCAGAAAAAAUUCGUCUUAAAUAUCCUGAACGAAUUCCAGUUGUAGUUGAGCGGGUACCAAAAUCUCAAAUACCUGAUAUUGAUAAACGUAAAUUUUUGGUACCAAAUGAUAUAACAAUUGCACAAUUUAUGUGGAUAAUUCGUAAACGAAUUCAAUUAGCACCAGAAAAAGCUAUUUUUCUUUUUGUUAAUAAAACAAUACCUGUAUCAAGUGCAACAAUGGGUGAAAUUUAUGCUGAAUACAAAGAUGAGGAUAGCUUUUUAUACAUUGCUUAUGGUGGUGAAAAUACAUUUGGUUAA